AUGCAGCAGCGUCUGAUGAACACAAGCGACCCAAUCAAUUCAACGUGGAGCAACGUCACAGGCGUCAACGCCGCCGCCGCUGCCACCAUCACUGCCAAUUACGCGUACGUCGUCGUCGUCACAUUCGUCCAGAUAUUCGACAUUCUCAUGACGCUACCGUCCGUUGCCUUCCUCAUCGUCACCCUUGUCACCGUCCUGAGCAGCGCCACCCUCCGCGAGAGCUCGCGCUACGUCCUCUUCGUCAACCUCCUCGCGUGUGACAGCUGCUUCCUCCUCCACUCCAACGUGAUGGCCACCCUCGUGUGGUGCCGGGCGACCAUUGCCUUCGUGCCCUGCUACAUGUACAUCAUACUCGCAUCGGUGCUCAACCACGCUGGCGCGAUUUUCGUCACCGCCAUGUCCGUCGAGCGCUAUGUGGCUGUCUGCCACCCGCUGCGCUACCACAGCUGGUUCGGUCCACGUGCCACUCUCCGCGCCAUCGCCUGCAUCUGGUCUGUGGUGAGCAUGUACCCGCUGUUGCAGGUCAUCCUGGCCUUCUCCGGUGGAGGCUCCGACGAGCCGAGCCUCAGCCAGACGUCGGUAUGCAUGCCGAAUCAGAUCGACAUGCUGCUCCACCACGGGACGGCGCUGAUCACGCUCCGGGAGCUGGUGAAUAGCGUCGUGUUCGUGAUGAGCGUCGCCGUGAUGCUCUUCACUUACACGCAGAUCGUGAGGGCGGCCAGGAAGAGUGCAGCGUCUGGAGGCAGAGGGAGGAGGAGCGGCGAUGGUGGUGGUGAAGGAGAUUUGAACUCCGCGUGCAGGGCACGCAACACGGUGGCUCUCCAUGGUCUCCAGCUGGUCCUCUACCUCAGCGCGCUGGGCAACGAGGUCUUCCUGCUGCUCCUCAGCCUCGUGACGAGCAACGUGAAGAUAAUAACUCUCUGCAGGGUCCUCUUCUACUCGGUGCUCUUCGUGACCUCCCGAAUGGUCAUUCCGCUCGUCUACGGCCUCAGAGACCAGGAGCUCAGGAGGCAGAUGAAGAGGAGGCUGCCGUGCGGCGCUGCAGGGAAAGUGCGGCAAAGUUUGACGCAUGGUCCAGCGAUGUCCUGAUGGUGGUGGCAGAGGGAGGACAGAGAGAUAUGGGGGGAAGAGGAGGGAUAAGGAGGGUGGUACCAAGUCGUCGUCUUGCUCUAUUUAAGGCCAGAAGCAGGUGGAUGGCUUCACUAUUCUGGCAAUUCGCCCAAUGAUGCUGGAUGCAAUUACCAGCGAAACGUCGUCUUCAAAUUGUAAAUGUUGUGGAUUUACUCUCCAACACACAAACUGUGGGCUGCAGUAGUAUACUACACUAUGCUAGUAACUAAUUGGCGCGUUAUUUACGUGACCAUUACCGCCUGUAUCGUGUGAUGGAGGGUUACGACACA